GCGCCUUAGGCGGAAAUAAUCCCCAGCCCAGCCCACACUUAGCUACCCAGAAGUUAACCUCUUCCCGUGAGAGGAACACGAGCUGGAACAGCAUGGCGCCGCCGCUCUCCUCCCCACUCAAAUCCCUGCUCUAAAACCGCAGAUUUGAAGCCAUUUUCGGUGGAUUUUCUUCCCUUUGCAGUACUUAAGGAUGGAACCGGAAUCUAUCCUAGAUGACCAUUAUGACAAAUGGCACCGCGGAAGGAUGAUGGCGGAGAAGGGAGAGGUUUUCAAAUGGUUGCAUUUGAGGUGCCAUGAGGUCCAUGGCAAGAAGAUGCCAUAUGAUGAGCGAUACACACAGUAUAUCAAGAAGACCGGACUUCUCCCUUUCGUCCACCUUGUGUCCCGGUCGACGCCGCAUAUGAACCCAUGCGCGAUCACGGCACUUGUUGAUCGAUGGAGACCGGAGACACAUAGUUUCCACUUGCCUUGUGGGGAGAUGACAGUGACUCUGCAAGAUGUUUCCAUGAUCCUGGCACUUCCUAUCAAAGGGGAACCUGUGUGUCGGAGCACAUCUUCUGAUGGAUGGCGUGAAGCGAUGAGGGAUCUCAUUGGGAACGCGCCGACGACGGAGAAGAUGUUGGCUGGUGCUCCUUAUUCUUGGAUCCAAAGGAACUUCAAGAAGUGCCCCGAGGGCGCCGAGGACGAGGUGGUUGAGAUGUAUGCUCGGGCAUACUUGUGGUAUGUUGUGAGUAGGGUUCUUUUCUCAGACGGCACUGGAUCGAAUGCCUCCUUCAUGUGGCUCCAGCUAUUUGCGGGUUGGGAACAUAAUCUCAGUUGGGGAACAGCGGCACUUGCUUACUUGUACCGACAGUUGGACGACGCGUGUUGCAAAACGGGAAAAGGAGCAAGUAUUGGUGGUUGUAUGCUUCUAUUGUCCAUAUGGUCGUGGUUGCGCUUGCCAGUUGGCCGUCCCAUUGAGAUGCGCCGGAAUGAUUGGAAUGAUCAUAGAGACCCAUUACGUUUUCCUACCGUGGCGUACAUAUGGGACAAUACAGAACCUUUCCAUGGUGAAUCUAAGGAAUGCUACAUGAGGUACAUCAGCCAACUCGACGCUCUUACCCCGGAGAAGGUGACAUGGGAGCCCUAUGGAGAGCCCGGGAGUAUUGCUCGACAUAUAUUGUUUAGAGUGAACCCGAAGUGUCUAGAAGAAGCACAUCUUUGGCGGAUGACUUGUCCAUUGAUAUGUUUUUAUGCAGUUGAGUACCAUCUACCAGAUCGGGUGAUGAGACAGUUUGGUUUGUUCCAAGAGACCCCGCCGCCAUGGAAAGACACUAGAAUAGAGUUGCACGAGUUGGAUAAAAUAAGGCAGAAGAAGGAGAAGAAUUGGCCCAUCCGUCACAGGCACUACAUCAACAAGUUCAAGGCCAUCAUCCGGAGGAUUGAGGACCCAAAAACAGUUCCGGUUCCUCUGCAACCAUUCGAUAGCGAAGCAUUCAACCGGUAUCUUUUCUGGCUAGGUAGUGUGUCUCGUUUGUACAUAAAGCCGCCGGCUUUUGCACCCGUGGACGUAGGAGACGGAACAUAUCCGGAUGAUGAGGACAUGGCCAAGUUGGAUUAUAACAGACGCACAAGAGAGGGUAGAAACCCGGACCCCACACGUGAACUCCGAUUUGUGCGUGAGGAGGUCUCCCGAGUAUUGAGCGAUGCUGAGUUAGCAUUGCAAUCCGGGACCGAGUCCACCCUUCGAGUUUUCGCUGAGCGCACGAAGAAUUGGGCCCGUGGCUUAUGUGCUUUGCUUGGUUGCCGUACCAUCGAGGCCGCCUCACCGACGCGGCCAACUCCCACUUCCAGCUAUGAGCACAAUGAGGAUGAGGAUGAGGGCGGCGGUGAUGAUGAGGUCGAUGGUGAUGGCGAGGAUGAUGAGGGUGGGGAUGAGGAUGAGGGUGUGGAUGAAGAUGAGGAUGAGGGUGAAGGUGAUGGAGAGGAUGAUGAGGGUGAGGAUGAGGGCGAGGAAGAGGAAGAACUUGGUGCAAAACAACACGAUGAGAUUGGCAUGUCCCAACUUCUUGAUGCACCGUCUCCUAGUCAACGGUUGAAGCGGCAUAAACCGAGAGAGCCAUACACUCCGGAUGAAUGGAACAAGAAGAAGGCACUUGAGGAGGAGCGGGCACGGAAGGCGGAGCGUGCACGCAAGGCACAUGAGGAUGAGGAUGACGACGGUCCUAGAAGGAGGAGGAAGAACGAGCACCGUAUGAAGGCGAACGCGGACCGCCCUACGGCCAAAAGAGGGAAGGGGAGGGAGUGAUCAAUUGUGUGUCUAGUUGAACUCGGGUUGUUGAACUUGUGUGUCUAGUUGAACUCGAGUUGUUGACCUCUUGUUGAACUUGUGUGUCUAGUUGAACUCUUGUUGAUCAAUUGUGUGUCUAGUUGAACUCUUGUUGAUCAAUUGUCAUGUUCAAAAUCAUGUCAUGUCAUAAUUUCUGUCAUUUUUUGCUGUCA